GACUUGAAAAUUUGACUUUCUCAUUGCCUAUUCUAUAUUUUUGUUAAAUAAAUUUAGAGUGUCAGGAGUUUAAAAAUGUACAGUCUCAAUUCUAGUUUUUUUUAAGGAGCAUCAAAAUCUCAGCUUUUUAUUUUGAUUUAUGAACCCGGAUGCCUCUCAGAUGACUUGUUAUAUUCCGAGGUUUUAGAUACUUAUUAAGACCGAAUUUGAAAUUUUUGACUCACAUGCAAGAUAAGACAAAAACUGAAACUGAUUUUCCAACAAAGAUGUCUAGACGUUAAAUUAAGUUCAUGGUUUUUAUUUUUUUUCAAUUUUAUACAUAUUUGAAUUUCAAAAAUAGAUUAUAGGAUAUAGUGCGCUCGAGAAGAGUAGGAAGAUAAGUUUUCAAUUUCAAGGACGCCCGAGUCGUUAGAAAAGUGUAUUUUAAAUUUACAUGUAAAAAACCGCAAUAAAUUCAAGGCAAGCAUAAUAAAAACUUCGCUGAAAAUAACUUUGGAACGAGUGUAUGAAAGGUUUGUUUGGAGCCUAUAAGGUUUGAGACACCGAAGGAAGAAGUUUAAAAAAGUCUGAAACUUUAAAACCUAGAGAGAAACUAUUCAAUGACAAUCGAUGAAAAAAAUUGGGAGGUUUGGAAGUAACAAUUGUUUCACAGUUCAUUGAUUUUCGUUUCGUUACAGUUGUACAAAAAACUGUUGUCCGAUAGCAAAACCAAAUCAGUGAUUAAUAAACAUGAAGAUAGUGACAUCCGGGUGAAGAAAAUGUGAGCGCAACUUUUUAAAUGAAAGUGGAUACCAGUAGUGUUCGACAGAAACAAAAGAAAAAAACGGGAAACGACCUAAAGUGAAAUGGCAACGACCAACCGUAAUCGCAACAACAUUCUCACGCUGAACGGAACCGGUGCUCUGAAUGGGAUGCACCUACAUCCCUAUCAUCAUCAGCCCCAGCUGGCCGAACCUCAGCACCCGCAGCCAUCUUCCCAGGACAGCACCGGAAGCAGCAGUCACAUCGAAGGACUCCCGAAACCGUUCGUAUCCGCCAUGAAGACCCUGUUCGACAUAAUGGACGAUAAGAAAACCGGUUUGGUGCGGCUGGCAGACAUCGAAGAUCGAUGGCAGGAUGAUGGAUCCAAGGGCCUGCCGAGGGGUGUAAUUGAUAGCUUGCGCAAAGUUACACCCUCAAGUGGACUGCUUUCGUUCGAGCGUUUUUGCAGCGGUCUCAAAAUCUGUCUGAUACGCAACCAAACAGAAAAAAAUCGGACAAGGCUUGGAAAGGAAUCGGAAAAAAUGCCCCUUUCCCCGGCCAAAUUGUCAGUACGUCCUCCUUCGGCUCCCCUACUUGACCUGGAUACAUUGCCGAAAACUUCUUGGAAUAUGAGUGCAAAUACGGCAACCGUGAGGCCCAACAACGCAAUGCCGGCACAAAAAACGCUCAGUAUGCCGCAGCUGAACCCGGACAGUGACUCAGAUUUGGUCCUCGAAUCGCCACCCAUCAUCCUCCCGGGCACCUUCGGCCCUCCCAAACCCCCACGAGUUUCUCUCAAUUUGGAACGCAAUCAACAAAACAACAAUCCCGGCAUCGAUAAGGCUGAAAUUCGAAACGCGUUGCAACACUGGCAAAUGUCGCUGCUGAUGAGCGAAUCAGACAAACCGGAUAAGUCUCAUCUCCGGUUGGCCCGCGGGUCAGCCGAUGGCCAGAUUGACCUGUCUACGAGUUCAUCACCCUCGCUGCAGCAGCUUCAUGCGUCGUCGCUCGGCGGAGGGCUGUAUCAGAAGAAGUCUGGCGGUGGCGGAACGGGAAAUCGUCGGCGGGAACCACGGAGACAUACGCUGCAGAACGGAAUCGACUACAACAUGCUCAAGCGGCUGAAGCAGAUCGAACAAGAGAAAGACAUCCUGGUGCAGGGACUGACGGCCGUGGAGAAAGCACGCGAUUGGUACCUCAAACAGCUGGCCGUGGUGCAAGAUAAGAUCAAGUAUCUCGGGCGGUCCGGAGCACAUGUGGAAAUAUGGACCGACGCACACCAGGAACGUUUGGAUCUGCAGCGGGCUAGGGUGUUGGAAGUGAACCGUCACCUGACGACCCUCGCCGAUAGCUGGGAACGGGGAGGUUUUCCGAUGCACAUGAAUCUUGCCCUGCGUCCGACCGGGCCCUACAACUACGGUCAUCUCCACCACCCACAACAGCAGACACAACAGCCUCAACGAGCGCAAGGUCAAGCCCAGCCGACCGGAAACAUUACUUCCCCCCAGAAACAACAACAACAACAGCAACAACCGGAUAUGACAAUGGUGCGAUUGAAACAACAAAACGUGGCGCUGUCGGAAGAGAUCAAUCAGAAGAACGAAAAGCUAUCACUACUGGAGCGGGAAAAAUCAUCUCUCAUCCGGGAGCUGUUGCAGAUGCAGCGAAACAACCGAGCCAGCAGCAUGACAUCGAACACCGAGGAAAUGGUCUUUUAAAACAAAGGAAAAUUUCAACCAGCAACGUGUUCGGUUUAGGUUAUGUUGAUUAACUUCAAGAAGAUUUCAUAUGUUGGUUAGUUCAAUUUUUGAGUUACGAUCGAGUGCUAGUCAAUAGCAGUUUUUAUUAACACAAUUAUAAACUAACGUUUCUUCCAGUUUGUGAUUUACUUUAAUCGUGACAACACUACAAGAUUUGAGAAAUAUAAAUUUAAAAACUAGAU